AUGGAUGAUAAUAGUGAUGAUGCUCCAUUAGAAACGUCAUUUAAGGAAUUUAAGAAAAAGAAAAUAUAUCUAACAGAAAACCUUAAAAGUGUUUAUCAAGACGGUAUUCAAUCGUUGAAACGUAAACAAAAUCGCAAGAGUGACCCUAGAUUUGACCCUAGAGUUGAUGGUAUUUGUUACGUUGAUGAUUGGGAAUUUUUAGAAGAUGAAAGAGCGAAAACCUUAAAAAAACUGAAAAAGAUGCUGCGUCAGAAUUUAGACCCGAACAAACGUAAGGAAGUGACGGAUGCGUUACAUUUGGUAAGACAGCGAAUAGCCACAGCAAAAGAUAGAAAAUUCCGUAAGCAAUUCAUGGAUAAACUGCAGAAGGAACAAAUUGAAAACUUGGAAUCAGGGAGAUCUGUUCGUUUUAUUCCUCGAGCGGAACUCCGUAAACUCGUUCAGAAUGAACGUCUGGCACAAAUGAGCAAACGGCAAAAAGAGCGGUAUUUGAAUAGGAAAAAAAGAAGAUUUACUUCGGAUGAUAGAUAA